AUGCCGGUCGAAAAAGGAUGCGACGGCGGAGUGAAGGCGGUGGAUGAGGAGGAAGGAAUUAGUCCGAUGCUAUUUGGGGUUCCAACCGGUGCAAAGCGUGCGAAGAGUGGUGAAGAUGAAGAAGGGCAGAACCAAGUGAAGAGGGCUACAAAAAUGGCAACAUCAUUUACAAAUUCCAAACUUCUAUUGAAUCUGGCAGUUGUCUUAGUUUCUAUUGUCAUGACUUCUUUGGUGACCCCUUCUGCUGGAAGUUUCUACAGGGAUGUUGAAAUAAACUGGGGUGAUGGUCGCGGUAAGAUAAUGGAGGGUGGCAGGCUUCUAACGCUCUCCUUAGACCAAUAUUCUGGUUCUGGAUUUCAGUCCAAGAAUGAGUACCUUUUUGGAAGGUUUGACAUGCAACUCAAACUUAUUCCUGGAGACUCUGCUGGAACUGUAACCACAUUUUUCUUAUCAUCUCAAGGAUCUGGCCACGAUGAAAUAGAUUUCGAGUUUCUUGGCAAUGCAUCUGGACAGCCAUACACAGUUCAUACCAAUGUGUAUUCCCAAGGAAAAGGAAACAAAGAACAACAAUUCCAUCUCUGGUUUGAUCCAACUGCAGCUUUCCACACCUACUCAAUUGUGUGGAAUUCUCAACGCAUCAUAGUAUUCAACAACAACCAAGCAAUUGGCAUUCCAUUCCCAACAAACCAGCCCAUGAGAGUAUACUGCAGCUUAUGGAAUGCAGACGAUUGGGCGACACAAGGUGGGAGAAUCAAGACUGACUGGACAAAAGCUCCUUUUGUUGCCUCUUACAGGAAUUUCAAUAUCAAUGGCAAUAUCUGUGCAUCUGGAUCGAACGUUGGAUCUUGUGCUUCCAAGUCUGUUGAUUCCUCUGAUUCCGGGACAUGGCAAACUCAAGAAUUGGAUGCAAAGGGAAGAAAUAGACUUCGUUGGGUACAACAGAAACACAUGAUUUAUAACUAUUGCGCUGAUGUUACAAGGUUUCCUCAAGGCUUGUCUGCAGAAUGCAAGCGUUCAAGAUUCUGA